ACGGUGAUCGGCCUGCUAGCAGCUGUUUCUGAUUAUCAGCAAGUCUGUAAUCUGUCGUCCUCUGACACUGAGAGGAAUAGGUCUCAUCUAAAGAGAAGACUGAACUGAUUGGCUUAUUUUACAUUAGACAUAUCAGAAGAUUCAUUCCAGGGUGGAAACAACAGAGGUGAGCAUCUAUAAAGACAUUCAUCUUUCCUUUCUUAAAACUCAGAGACUGUGGACAGCUAGAAACAACCACAGCGAGUCAUCCAUCAAUUCGAGCUUUAUCGUUGAAGGAGACAGCUUACAUUUUGUCAACCGGCGUAAUAAAGAGUCCAUUUUCAACAUCCGUCUGUGGAAUAUACUGAAGACAAGUGAACAAGGAUCAAUCUGUCUGCAAACAGCCUUGUGUCCACAACUCGGCCCUGUCAGGAAGAUACAAUAAGAAAAGAAAAAAAAAAAACAUAGUUCAAGUUGAGGUUUCAACAUACCUCCUUCAGCUCUUCAACAUCCCUAGUAAUAAGAAAGCAUCACCAGUCUGACUCUAUUCCAGAUCGUUCAGUCAGGCUCGCUGAUCACAUAACAUAUGAACAGAACCAUACAUCAAAGUGAAGCUUCUGCUGAAGUCUGGAGGUUUCUGAGGCUUGGUGAUUGUCGGUCCACCGAGUAGUUCUGACAACUAAUCGCACAUCCUAACAGCAGAAGAGACAGGCAGUGUUCUCAGGUAAAGAGGCAGAGCGAUCAAGAAUCUGUCAAGCAUCAUCACAAAACAGACAAUUCUUUACCCAUCAGUUGACAGAGACAAACACACACCUGUCGGAUCUUCAACAGACACCUGUUGGCCAACAACUAUUAAAGGCUCUUUUGACUGGUCAUGGCUGACUGGAGUCUGCUGGGGAACUUUCUAGAAGAAGUCCAGGAACAUUCCACUUCGGUGGGAAAGGUGUGGCUCACCAUUCUUUUCAUCUUUCGGAUCCUGGUCCUGGGCACAGCUGCUGAGUCCUCGUGGGGCGAUGAGCAGGAAGACUUCACCUGCGACACGGAGCAGCCCGGUUGUGAGAACGUUUGUUAUGACCGAGCCUUUCCCAUUGCGCAUAUCCGCUUCUGGGUGCUCCAGAUUGUGUUCGUGUCCACACCUUCUCUCAUCUACAUGGCACACGCGAUGCACAUUGUCCGCAGAGAGGAGAAGAGGAGGAAAGAGCAGGAAGAAGGAGUGCAAACAGACAGAGAUGGAGAAAAGUACCCAGAGGGAGACAAGAACUGUGGGAAGGAGGAUGAAGGCGGAGGUGGGAAGUUGCAAUUGAAAGGUGCUUUGCUACAAACAUACGUACUAAGCAUCCUCAUCCGCUCUGUAAUGGAAGUGAUCUUCAUUAUAGUGCAGUACCUGAUCUAUGGAGUCUUCCUCAAUGCGCUCUACGUGUGUAAGGCCUCACCGUGUCCACAUCUGGUCAACUGCUUCAUCUCGAGACCUACGGAGAAGAAUGUGUUCAUUGUGUUUAUGCUAGUGGUAGCAGCUGUGUCGCUAUUGCUCAACGUCAUGGAACUGUAUCAUCUGGCGUGGAAGCAGUUUAGGGGUUGUUUGCAAAGAUAUAAGGCUUCCAAACAGCGACCAAAUACACCAUCCACCGUGGCUGCAGUCUCACCAAACCGAGCCUCCACUCCACCUCCUGACUUCAAUCAGUGCCUGACAUCACCACCAUCUUCCCCUACUAUACAGAUACAUGCACACUCACUUAUACACCCAACUUGCCCACCUUUUCAUGACCGACUGGCGCACCAGCAAAACUCGGCGAACAUGGUCACUGAACGCCAUCGAGGUCAAGACUUCCUAGGGGUCAACUUCUUGAGCUUCUCGCAUGCACCGACAGAGAUGCCAAACUCAUGCACCUCACCUCCUUUUCUAAGCAGUGAAUCUGUUGAGGACAAGCGAAGGUUUAGCAAGAGCAGCGUGACCAGCAGCCGCAUGAGACCUGACGACCUUGCAGUAUAGCACUGACCAAUCGCAUCUGAAAAAGGGUCACUAGUCAGAAAACGGUUACAUGAUUUUGCACUUAACCUAACAUUUACUUCAUUCCUUUCUGAUAGACUGAGCCAGAAUAUCGGUUCACACAUUUGCACGAAUGCAUAAUGUGAGUGAUGCAUUGAAAAAAGUCAUUCAUCUUUAAAAAGUCAACAUGAAAUUAAAAUGGAAUCUCAUUUAUACUUGUUCCUGCUCCUACAAUGAACACUUCAAUGGUGCAUGUUAUUCUAAAGAAAUCUUCAUAAUUUUUCAUCGGCACUCAGAAACUUGCUCCACCUCUGAAAUGCCUUUCGUCACAUUGCAUUUUGAGUAAUGCAUUGGAAACUGACUGCAUUGUGAAAAAUCAAGCAAACUUUUCUCUUUACUCUGAAAUUCAUCAUAUUAUGGAAGUAAAGCAGACUGCAACCAGUUUCACUGUAAUAAUUCACUGAUUAGAUGUUUUUCACUGACUUUGGAUUAUUUUUGCAUCCUUAUUGGUAAAUGAGAUCUUACAGGUGAUUCCUUGAUGUUUAUGAUAUAAUUUAUAUUUGCUGAUCAUAGCAGCAUGUUAACAUUCUGGACUGCUGAUAAGAAAAUGAUCAAGUUGGUCAAAUGCAGUUUUCAAAUAGAAACCGGAUGAUGAGCUCACAUUUUGAAAUGGAAGUUUUGCAGUUUUGCAACACUCACUGUGACUCUGCAACCCAUUUUGGUUGGGUAAAAAAGACGACAAUGGAGUUAGACAAAUGUAACAUUAAAAUAUUAUUGUAAAAAUGGUAACAUUACUGUAAAUCCAGAGACUGUAAUAACAGGCCAGCUCUGAGAGAGAGAGAAAAAAAAAAAACCAGUGAAAGGGUGAUUUAAACUGUGAAAUCUGGGGUGAUGAGAUCUGCAGAUGAGCUUAGCUGUGUAUAUUAUGCCUGUUAAUUUGAAAGAAAAAAGGAAUGUAAAACAAUGUUAUGUUGUUUCAGCUUUUGCAUUCUUUUUUUAUUCCUAUAUUUGUAAAAAACAGAUGUGUUUGUUCUUAAA